CAACGCGACAUCAAGAUGGCCGGCCUUUUCGAUUGGAAGAAACAGCCGGCGUAUCAGGCAUACUCCUCUCACUCUGUUCGCCCCGAUGGGCUGCCUCCAUAUGAGGUGGACGAGAAUGGAUUCUACAAGGUGGCUCCCGGCGAGCUCUAUUGCCGUGCCUACGAUGAGGAAAACGCUAUCUGCCCAAAUGACAGAAAGCAGUGGCAGCCGUCGAACCUCCGCCACCACCUGAAGACAACUCAUAAGUACACCUUAUUGGACCUCCCGCCGGGUAAGGCCAACGUUGUCGAUGCGAAGAAGAUCGACCGCUUCUACCAGACUAUGAACCAGCGUAUUACUGAGGCUGCCGGUACUACUGAGAUCACUAAUACUGAGUCUGGCCCAGUAGCAACCCCUAGCAAAACCAAGCCGACUCUAAGCGAGUCCUCGCGUCGUGGUAGUAACGCGUCCGCGAAGGAUGAGAAGCUGCCGAUCCCUCGCAAAAAGGCAGGUUACCGACCGCUGAAUCAUAGAUCGAGUACUAAUCGACUAGGAUGGAAUAAUUCACGGUGUCUAUAUGCGCAAGUCAGUUGGCUUCUCCGGACGAGCCUGUGACGGGUGUAUCGGCCUGAAGAGAAAGGCUGCAGAGUGCCCCCCAGCCAAGCCCGAUGGCGUCUGCGUGGUUUGGCCGAAGUUCAAGACUCCGGCAGUAAUCGAUCUGGAGGAGGAAGAUCAGGACGAGGCUUAAUAGGGGCUACGUUGCUUUACAUCGCCGGGCGUUGACAGAAUUCAUAAUUAGCAUAAGGCAUAGUCGAUUGUUAAUCGAUUAGUGAUAGCAUUACUAGUAAAGCU